GGUAAUUUAAGUGGAAGUUGAAAGCUGGAUACUACUUGCAUAAAUUUAGAAAGUGAUAUUUGCGUUUAACGAAGUAUGUUCUACGUACUGAACAUUGAUAAAUGAACAAAUUAGAAUUCCACUGUCUGCUGAAAUAUCCGAAAAAGGUCAAACCAUAUAGCAUACAGUGCAUACGCAACAAAAGACCUUGACUGCCUCGCUGCACCAUCGCACCCUGGAGGCAGUCACCACACGUCUGAGAACAUAAGGGAAAUGCGAAGUCGUCACCACCGCAGACGCCGCCGGCAUCGCAGGCAUCGAAGGCAUCGGCCGAACGGUAACGCCCUCCAGAUGUAUCCGACGGGGGGUUUGGUCCCCAACUGCUACUGCCUGGUGGGCGUGGUCUUCCUCGGCCUCCUGUGGACGACGAUCGGGAUAGUGAUGCUGACGGAGGGCCUCCAGAUCUCCGGAAUCGUCAACAUCGUGCUGGGCGGCGCCCUCUUCCUGUGGUUCGGCGCGGUCCUCUUCGUCGCGUACACGAAGUCCCAGACGAACCAGCGCCAGACGGACGGGAACGGCGACGGGACACCAGCUCCUUCAGCGCCCGAGGAUCCUUCUGCUCACGGCUCCGUCAACCGGUCCUUCGACAUGCCAGACGCUCCUCCUCCUUACAAGGAAGUCGCCGACGACCCUCCGCCUUAUACCAUCACCCUCUCUGAUAUGCAGAAUCCUCAGCCUCCUUAUACUCAUAGCGCAGCCGUUCCUCGUGUUCCUCAGGGACAUACGCCUUAUGACAGAGCAUAUGUUGAGGCUCCAGGUAAUGUCUAUUACGUUGAUACGAAUAUCCAUGGCAAUAGCUAUGUAGAUCCUCAAAGAAACUGCCAUGGCACCAUUUAUGUGGAUCCUUAUCCAAAGGGUCAUGGCAACGGAUAUAUAGAUCCCGAAGCAAACAUUCCUGGCGUCAGUUAUGUGGGUCCUCAUGCACACAGUCAUGGCAACGGAUAUAUGGAUCCUCAUACAAAUAAUGGUGGCAACAACUAUAUGGAAUCUUAUGCAAACAGUAAUAGCAAUGGAUAUGUGGAUCAUCAUGGCAACGGGUAUGUAGACCCUCAAGCAAACAGUCAUGGCAUCAGCUAUGUGGAUCCUCAAGCAAACAGUCAUGGCAACGCAGCAUGGCAACGGGUAUGUAGGAACAGUCAUGGCAUCAGCUAUGUGGAUCCUCAAGCAAACAGUCAUGGCAACGGAUAUGUGGAUCAGCAUGGCAACGGGUAUGUAGACCCUCAAGCAAACAGUCAUGGCAUCAGCUAUGUGGAUCAGCAUGGCAACGGGUAUGUAGAUCCUCAAGAAAACAGUCAUGGCAUCAGCUAUGUGGAUCCUCAUACAAACAGUCAUGGCAACGGGUAUGUAGACCCUCAAGCAAACAGUCAUGGCAUCAGCUAUGUGGAUCCUCAUACAAACAGCCAUGGCAUCAACUAUGUGGAUCAGCAUGGCAACGGUUAUGAAGAUCCUCAAGCAAACAGUCAUGGCAACGGAUAUGCAAACACCCAUGGUGACUAUUAUGUGGACCCUCAUGCAAACAUUCAUGGUGGUUGCAAUGUAGAGUCUCAAGGAAAUGGUUUAGAUGUGCCUUAUAGAAUUCACAAUGUAAAUGCUAAUAUAAGCACUUAUAACGGACAUGGUCAUACCAGCGCACAUGUACCUACUCCUGACAAUGCAUUUAACGCAGGUCCUCAAGUCAAUACUUACAAUGUAGGCAGCAGUCACAGCACUCAUUCACAAAACCAUCAUAACACGAAUAAUAAAGGAGAGUUCAAAGGUACGGUCAGCCACAGCACGCAAGAUGAGAACACUCAACAACAUCCUGCAAAUUCCGACGCAACUGCGCCUCAGGACUCUGCAACAUCUGCCAGAGAGCGUUUCCAGCAAUCGGCAAAUCCCGAUGAGGAGAAUUCCCAAAAUUCCGACCCGCGAGAACAAGGAGAUCUGGAUGCUAGAGGCGAAGGGAGAUCUGCGGAGGUGGCUAAAGAGGCCGUCUGGUUAUGAUAAGGGGCGCGUCUUGUUGUAUCAUGGCGAUGUAUGCGAAGGAGAAAUCAAGCGUCUUGUAAUUGUAAUUGUAUUUUAAGUAUAGUAUUUCACGCAAACACUCACUCACACACACACACACACAGAUAUCAAGAAUAAGAGGGAGGCAGAGAAGGAUAGAGAGGAGGGAAGAGGAG